AUGGCUUCUUCCGUCCUCCAAAGUUUUACCCCUACCAUGCGCUACUACGACACUAUGAUAAACAGUUUUCAACGCCAUCUCGCAAUUGAACAAGAUAUAGUGGCAAUGUUGCCAACAGAGCAUGCAAGGAAGGUUGCAUAUGAACAAAAGAUGGCCGUACUGGAUACAGCCAAAGCAAAGCUACGAGAGCUGGUCGACUUCAGUACUGAGAUUAUGGAGAAGCAGAUUGAGAAACCCAACACAGCGUUGGGCUUAUCGGCCGAGAGGGCAAAUGAGCAGAUACAAAACGGACUAAAAGAAGUGGAAGACGCGAUGGCUGAGUUGCGAUAUCUGAUGUGGGAGAUGUGA